GCUUAAUCCGCCCGUCCAUCGGGUUCACUCCAUUGUUUGCUCGAAUUUUUAUACCCUGACCCUCUGUCCACUCGACCGAACCCCAACUCGGUUCUGAGAGCAUCGCCGGGCAAGUCCGGUUGACACAUCCGCUGAGCGGUUGCCACGAUGACCGCCGGCUUCGACCCCAGGAACGGGGCUCCAUCCAAUGCUGCUUCUCCCCCCAGCAAACGGGAUUUGAAGUCGUGGUGGAAAGGCUUCAAACUUCCAUCCAAACAGCAGGAACCCCAUGGUACACCCCCUUCUACUUUCGCGUCAUCUUCCCCCAGAUAUCCCCUCCACCCUUCCUACAGCCAAGUCAUCCAGGACCUCCAGCUGGACGCCACACUCCACCCGCUGGAGCUGAUUCUGCGGAUACAUGACGCGCACGUCAUUGCUUCCGAGUCUCCCUUCUCGGGCGAUGCCACCACGUCCACGUCCACGUCCCCAAAGUUUCUCCGUUUCCUUGCCGAGUCCGCCAGGUGCUGUGCGCAUAUCGCAUCAUCUUGUAUUCUCACCUCAGCAAAAUUCAUGAAGACUAAGCUUGGUUUAGGAACUCCAGAGUCCCGUCCGCAGGGCAUCUUCGGCGUGCCGCUCCGACAGAGCAUUACCUACGCGAACGUCGCCAUCUCCCUCGUCGACGAGAACGGCCAGAGCUACAUAUACGGAUACGUCCCUAUUGUCGUCGCCAAAUGUGGCGUCUUCCUGAAGGAGAAGGCCACCGGUAUCGAGGGCAUAUUUCGUCUCAGCGGUUCCGAGAAGCGCAUCAAAGAACUUAAGCAGGUUUUUGACUCUCCAGACCGCUACGGCAAAGGCCUGGUGUGGGACGGUUACACCGUCCAUGACGCCUCUAACCUUCUUCGAAGGUACCUGAAUGACUUGCCGGAGCCUGUAGUGCCGCUGGACCUCUAUGAGAAAUUUCGAGAGCCUCUCAAGGGGGCCACGAAGCCAACCCUCCCCGAUUCAGAGGGCCCGCAAUUGGUUGACAACUUCGACGAGGAUGCUGCCAUCGCCAGAUACCAGCAGCUCAUUACCGAGCUGCCGCCCCUGAACCGCCAGCUCCUGCUCUAUAUUCUCGAUCUGCUUGCGGUGUUCGCGGCCAAGUCCGACGAGAACAGGAUGACGUCUCAGAACCUGGCGGCUAUCUUUCAGCCGGGCAUGCUUUCCCAUCCCGCCCAUGCCAUGGCACCCGAAGAAUAUCGCCUGAACCAAUGCGUCAUCAUCUUCCUCAUCGAGAACCAGGACCAUUUCUUAAUAGGGAUGCAAGGUACCGGCACCGACGAGAAGACGAAGCAGGAAAUCGAAAUGGGAACGCCGCCCCUUGCCGAACCAGCGACCCCAAGUCCCAGCCGGCGGUCGGACCUGCGGCGGUCUGCAUCCAAUGCUAGCGCAGGGGCGGAAAGCGUUCGACGGGAUGGCACGCUUCGAAGGAACCGAUCCACGUCCUCGAAACAUUCGCGCCACGACGGGGCCACGACUCCAAACAGCCCCGGCUUGGCUGUCACGCCGACUGGGGGGUUGACUAGGAGCAAUACCGUACCAUCGAAGAAGUCACCCAACCUUCAGGCUGGAAGGUUCCGCAGCCCCAACAUAUCUCCCUUGUCUCCAGCCAAAGGCCCUGUCAUUCGCGAGGCGAUUGCGUCAGUAUCGACACGGGACCAACCUGAGCCGUCCGAGAAGUCAAUCGGCGCGCCGAGCAUCAUCCCGGAAUCUACCACUGCAUCCAGCCUGGCGCCCGGCUCUGUUGGCGGACUAGGCAGGAGCCAGGAACGCUUGCUGGAACCCCCGCAGGAUGUAUCGACCCCCAUAAGGGAACGAAAUUUACAGAGUUUUUUCCAGAGGUCACCGUCAGGUGGUGAUGCGGAAAAACGGCAACCCAACAAACUGAAGAAGAAGCGGCUACCGGGGAGCUUGAACCCUAGCGCGCAAAGCUCUAGCACGUCCCUGCACGGGGCGCACUCGGCGGCGGCUUCGCCCGCGGUGGAAGCUCCCAACCCGCUAGAACAUACGAUGCCGCUGGUUCCCGAGCACGGGCCGAACUUGACGGUAGCGUCGCCCACGGAUGCGCAAAGAGAGAAUCCACCAAGCGCGUCCCAAGGCCCCACGAACGACACCAACACACUCUCCCCCGAAAACCAUUUUCGCUCCAAGAAGUCGCCCCCGACUUCGCUCCAUUCCUCCGUCAAUGAAGGUUCAGAGCUGGACGUCGUGGAGGAGCCAGUAGCCACGGCAACAGCCGAACCAGAGAAGGAAAGAGAAAUGGAAAGGGAAAGGGAGAGGGAAAGGGAGAGGGAAAGGGAGAGGGAAAGGGAGAGGAAGAUGCGGUGGAGGCUAUCUCGUCAUAAGAAAGAAGAUGCUGGCAGCUCUACCCCCGACGUGACAUCGGCACCACUGGGCCUCGUUGGAUCGAACGAUUACGCUGAGAUGAGUGUCACAUCCAUAGGGAGCUCCAUCAACAAACCGCGGAAGAGCUUCACGGGCGAAAGCUCAGAUGCCGCGCCAGUCAGCAGCGACGUCUCGCACGGCCAAGACGGCAAUCGGGAUAGAGAGAGCAGAGAGGAGUCCAAGGGCCCGAUCGGCUGGAUUCGCAACAAGUAUAGAGAAGCGAAGGAAAGCGCCGAGCAACGGCGGAACAAGUCGCCACCGGCAGACAGUGAGCGAUCUACCGGACUCGAAGCGGCGAUUCUCCCAGCCAGGGGCAAGAGCAUGGACAUUGCUCGGGAAGAGGCCAAUCUUCACCCGGAGCAACAGCCGACGACGACUGCUUCCGCAGCUCCUGAAACAGCCGCGCCGAUGGCGACACCGUUGACGGAGCAGGCCUCAGGUCCCGACAGAGAGCACGAAAGCAAGCAAUGACGGGGUGGGUGUGUUCGGACUCGGCGAGUUUUAUAAGCGAGGGCCCCAGUCUGCCUCCGGGCGCAACAAAAAACGGGGUCAGGUCGCUUAUCGUAUGUUCAUGUGCAAUUUUUUUUUUUUUUGGCGCGAAGCUGAAGGGGUUUUGCUAG